CCGGGCGCGCGUCUCUCCAGCGAUGGGAUCGGCAGCGCUGGAGAUUCUGGGCCUGGUGCUGUGCCUGGUGGGCUGGGUGGGCCUGAUCCUGGCCUGCGGGCUGCCCAUGUGGCAGGUGACCGCCUUCCUGGACCACAACAUCGUGACGGCGCAGACUACUUGGAAGGGGCUCUGGAUGUCGUGCGUGGUGCAGAGCACGGGGCACAUGCAGUGUAAGGUGUACGACUCGGUGCUGGCGCUGAGCGCCGAGGUGCAGGCGGCGCGCGCCCUCACGGUGGGCGCCGUGCUGCUGGCGCUGGUCGCGCUCUUCGUGACCCUGGCGGGCGCGCAGUGCACCACCUGCGUGGCCCCGGGCCCCGCCAAGGCGCGCGUGGCCCUCACAGGGGGCGCCAUCUACGCGCUCUGCGGGCUGCUGGCGCUCGUGCCGCUCUGCUGGUUCGCCAACAUCGUGGUGCGCGAGUUCUACGACCCUGCCGUGCCCAUGUCCAAGAAGUACGAGCUGGGCGCGGCGCUGUACAUCGGCUGGGCGUCCUCGGCGCUGCUCAUGUGCGGCGGCGGCCUCGUGUGCUGCGGUGCCUGGGCUUGCGCGGGCCGCCCCGACUUCAGCUUCCCUGUCAAAUACUCCGCGUCACGGCGACCCACGGCCACUGGCGACUACGACAAGAAGAAUUACGUCUGAGGGC